CAACCCCUCUCUCUCGUCGUGUCAUAAUAACGUUCUUCUUCAAACCAAAUUUAGAGAGAGAAAGUAGAGAGAGAUAGAGAGACAGAAAUGGACCCUCACGGCGGCAUCAGCAGCAGCAGAGCGGAGGCGGAGCGGUGGCUCCUCAUCGCCGAGAAGCUCCUCGCCGGCCGUGACCUCAUCGGAAGCAAGACAUUCGCGAUCCGAGCUAGAGAAUCCGAGCCGAGACUCGAAGCCGCCGACCAAAUCCUCGCCGUCGCCGACACUCUGAUUGCCGGCGAGAAGCGGAUCAACAACCAGCCUGACUGGUACGCGAUCCUCCAACUCGCUCGACUCGUUCGCGACACCGGACUCAUCACGACUCAGUAUCGGCGACUCGCGAUCCUCCUCAACCCUCAGCGAAAUCACCUUCCCUACGCCGACGAAGCCUUCAAACUCGUCUGCGAUGCCUGGUCAGUUCUCUUCAAUUCUUCUACCAAAGCUCUCUACGAUAACGAAAUCACUUAUUUCUCAAACCCUAUCAAUCGCUCACAAGAACACCAUGAACCACCACCACCACCACAACCACAACCACACCGCCAUUUCAAGGAACCUCAAUCUCAACAUCAGCACCAGAAUCAUGAUCCAACACCAAGCCCUAGAAUUAUUAGUAAUGCUAAUAAGGAAAAAGUUGUGAGUGAUGAAGGUGAAUUGAAUAACAAACAAGAUGAGAGUUCGACAUUUUGGACCGCUUGUCCCUAUUGUUAUAACAUGUUUGAGUAUGCUGGGGUUUACGAGGAUUGCUCGCUUCGGUGCCAGAAUUGCCAGAGGGCAUUUCAUGGUGGGAAGAUUCAGUUACCUGCAUCAAUUAUUGAGGGCAAAGAAAAUUACUUUGGCUGUUGGGGGUUUUUUCCAAUGGGGGUUUCUAUGUCGAAUUUGGAGAAAAACAAGGGUGGGCCUUCGGUUUGGUCUCCGUUUUCACCUAUGUUCACUUGUCCUCAAUUCACCGGGAAGAAAAAGAGGAAUGUGAAUGUUAGGAAGGGACCUUGGAUUUAUAUUGAGGAUGAUGAUGUUUUGGAACUCUCGGAAUCAAGUGAGGAUUCUGAUGAUGAUGAAUGGGGUAGUACUAAACGGAAGAAGAAAGCAAAAAAGAUGAAGCAGAAGGGUUCAGCGAGUAAAAGUGGGAAAAAGCGAGGACGGAAGCCAAAGAAUGCUCAAGGGGCUGGUGGUAAUGAUCUGCAAGGUGGGUCCGUGACGCAGGAGGUUACAGGGGCCCCAAAUGUGUCAAAUGCUGAGACUAGUAGGAAAGUGACUGCGGUCAGUGCAAAGAAGCAAACAAGGAAGGUUUCAAAAGAAUUGGGAAAGUUGGAUUUGAAUGUGGAGUUUAGCAAUGAGGUAGAGGAGCCUGCUCCGGGAAUGACUGGAGGGAACAAGGCAGGCAACGGCGAGGAGGAUGGCAUGGAAGGGAUUGGGUUUUUUGAAGGCCUUGAUGAAUUUUUGAGCAGUUUGCCCAUACUUCAUGUCGUGGGGGAUGAUAAGGUUAAGGCUGCCUAGUGAAGGAAGACUCUUUUUUAUUGUUGUUCAGUAGUUGUUGUUUGCAUGCAUGUAGUAAUGAAUGUUGUAGAGUAACUGUCUGUUUUAUUUGGCGUUUUUGUAGUAGUUUACUUAAAUGUAUAUUUUGUAGCAACAAGUUUUUAUCCAUCUUUUGACCGUUUUAAUUGGUUUAUUAUCUCCUUGGUAGGUUUAAGGCUGCAUAGUGAAGGAAGUCUUUUUUAUUGUUGUUUAGUAGUUGUUGGUUGCAUGCAUGUAGUAGUGAAUGCUGUAGAGUAACUGUCCGUUUUCUUUAGUGUUUUUGUAGUAGUUAACUUAAAUGUAUAUUUUGUAGCAACAAUUUUUUGUC